AUGGGGACACCAGAUGAGGAAUACGACUACCUGUUCAAAGUUGUGCUGAUUGGUGACUGUGGGGUGGGGAAGAGCAACCUUCUUUCACGAUUCACUCAAAAUGAAUUCAGUUUGGAGAGCAAGAGUACCAUUGGUGUGGAGUUUGCUACCAGAAGCAUCCAGGUGGAUAGGAAGACUAUAAAAGCCCAGAUCUGGGACACAGCUGUGCAGGAGCAGUACCUGGCAAUCACAUCAGCAUACUACCAAGGGGCUGUGGGAGCCCUGUUGUUCUAUGACAUUGCCAAACACCUGACAUAUGAGAAUAUGGAAUGUUGCCUGAAAGAACUCAGUGACCAUGCUGACAACAACAUUGUGAUCAUGCUGGUGGGAAACAAGAGUGACCUGCACCAUUUCCAUGCUGUGCCCACUGAUGAGGCUUGGGCAUUUGCAGAGAAAAACAGUUUGUCUUUUAUUGAGAUGUCAGCAUCGGAUUCAACCAAUGUUGAAGAAGUCUUUAAGAACAUUCUCACAGAGAUUUAUGGCAUCGUAUCCCAGAAGUAG